AUGAAGCAGGACAGAUUUUCGGUAAAAGUGGUGCUUUUCAAGUGCCACGACCUCGUGGCAGCAACGAACGAAGUGGGCGGCACGUGCAACGCCUACGUGGUGUUCACACUGGAUGGCGUCACUAAGAAGAGCUCCUGCGUCAAGCACAGUCUGGAUCCACACUGGUCGUCGCCUGAAAAGUUCGACUUUGAGGUGGACAAGUGGGAGGCCGAGUUUCUCAUUGCCCAAGUAUUUGACUACAGUCAUCAAGACAAAGGAGAUCUCAUCGGCUCAGCAGUCAUUCCCUUGGCUCUCUAUGCCGGAAACCGAAACUGCGAGAUGUGCAGCUACCCGUUGGUGCUGCCGGAUGAGGUGGGCGGACUCGGGUCACCCAAGAGCGACAUGUUCUUGCAGAUAAGUCUGCUGGAUGCAGACGGUAGUCCGGUGGAAGACUUUUAUUGGUAA